AUGACCUCACGUAUCUGCACAUUCGUCCGCGCUUCAGCCCACUGGCGCUCUUUGUCGUCUUCUUCAUUCCUCGCUUAUACUCCCCAUACCACCCUUCCUCCCGUCCUCUCCUCCCCCCCCCCCAGGGCGGGCGACAUGAUGAGAGACUAUGACGGGGCGGCGGGCGACAUGAUGAGAGACUAUGACGGGGCGUAUCUGCAGAUGCGCCUGGGCUUCAGCCCACUGGCGCCGCUUGUCCUUUUCCUCGUGCGCUGGACGGAUUGCAGCCUGGCGGGGGCGCUGGGGCUGCUGAGAGUGCUGGUGUUCAAGGUGCAUAAGAGCGGCCGCACCACCGCUGCCAGACACGAGCGGAAGGCAUCUCUUAGCGAGUUUUAUGGUAAGUGGGGUGUGUAG